AGAAACUCCACGGAGAAAAAUAUCAAGAAAGUCAAGAAUGCAGGGAUGACGGAGAAGGGCAUGGGCGAAGGUAAAGAUGGUGCCUUUCCAUCAUCUUCUUCUUCUUCUACAAGGGAAGAUGAGAUGGGAGUACUUGUCGCUUUGGUCAAGGAGUUGGAGGGUCAAAUCUUGACCCUCAAGACUAGGGUUAAUGUCCACUUAUCCGACAUCUACUAUGGGAAGUUAGCUGUCAAUGAAAUUCAUUGUCGGCUGAGUUCGGAACUUGCUGCUCAAAAAACGCAGGCCGACGCACUGAGGCGGCAGCUGGAGGCCGUGAUUCAACGAGAGUAUUUGUUGGUGGACAAGCAGGUUGGUUCGGCAGAAGAAGAACCAUCUGGAGACAGGGCAAGAAUCACGACAGAACUUGCGGAAGUGAGGUCUCCUUUGGACAUGGUGAAGGGAAGCAAAUCAGCACUACUACUGGCAGAGAAGAAAUUGGCUGAAACAGAGGACAAAUUGGCUGCUACUCUCAAUGAAGUUGCAGAGAAUAAACAGGGCCUCGAGGAGAUUGCGUAUGAGAAGCAAAAACUUGAGAGGAAGUUGAGCUGCUUGGAGGAUGAAAACAAAGUGAUUAUUGAUGUCAAAACAAAUUUCAGACACUCGUUUAGCACAUCACUCUGUGAGAGGUUGUUUCAAUCCUUGAGAACAAUGAUGAAGCUUGUGUCUCAUGAGUUGUGUGCUCACAGAGGCAACACAACCAGGCCUUUUUUGUUUGCACAAAUGAGCGCUUUCUUUCACAGUGGCCAGACUCGUUACUCGCCCAGAAGCUUUUUUGGAGUGGAGGAUUUUGCAGAUGAUGACAAUAGCCGACCGUACACGUACCAAAAGGGAAAAAAGUCAAAGAACCCACACAAGCAUGUUUCCUUCAAGCAAAGAACUGGGCCUUUCAUAGAGCCCUUCACGCUUGACGUCUUCAUUUCAGCGCGAUAUGUUUCAGCGUCAAUCACACACAGAGUGACUUGCAAGCAGGUUGCAGUCGCGGGCACAAACUCAAAGGACAUUAAGGCUAUGCUGAAAUCAAGGUGUGACAUACCCGCAUGCUUGGCUGUUGGUCGGAUUUUGGCGGACAGAGCGAGAGAGGCUGAUGUGUACACCACUGCUUACACUCCUAGGGAUAGUGACAAGUUCGAAGGUAAAGUAAGAGCUGUGGUUCAGUCUCUCAUUGACAGUGGCAUUGAUGUCAAAGUUUAUCUUGACUGAGAGAGAUUUGAGGUGCGUUUGCCUCUCAUUUACUAGAGUUUCUCGACUUUCAGAAGAAAACCUUCUUUUGUUUAAGUGCACACUGAUCUGUUAUUAACUUGUUACUCCUUAUAUCAUUGCCUUUUGCUUUCCCCAGACAUUUUUACUUCAAUUUUUUUUCCAAGUGUGAAUAGCUGCUCCUAGUUAUUG